GGCUUUCCUCGCCUUCUUGCUGUUUUCUGCUCCUUGUGUUGCUCUUCACAGUGCGGUAUCGCGUGCUGGUGGAGUGGUUCCGGUCAUUGCCUGCUUCUGAGGGAGCUCUCUAAUCUAGGAUGAAGGGAGGGAAGGGGGGGAGGGCCACAACCAAGAAGGAAACUCCAGAAGUACUAAAGCCAUCUGAUGUCAGGCUUGGCAAACGCAAAACUGCUACAAAGGCUGAGAAGAGUAGAAAGCCCAAAAAGGAUAAGAAGCCAAAAAAGGACCCUAACAAGCCAAAGAGGCCGCCCAGCGCUUUCUUUGUUUUCCUGGAGAUAUAUAAGCGAGAACAUCCUAGUGUCAAAGCUGUAUCAGUUGUUGGUAAAGCUGGAGGAGAAAAAUGGAAAUCAUUGACUCGUGCUGAAAAAGCUCCCUAUGAAGACAAAGCUGCAAAAAGGAAAAGUGAGUAUGAAAAGCAAAUGUCAGCAUACAACAAGAAGCAGGAAAGCAAUGCUGAUGAAGGUGAUGAGGAGUCUGAUAGAUCUAAGUCUGAAGUCCAUGAUGAAGAUGAUGAUGAAGAAAGCGGAGAGGAGGAGGAGGAUGAGGAAGAUGAUGACUAAAUGUUUCUUUAAUCCAUAGCAUAGAGCCUGCAUUCUGUAUUAUGGUAUGUAUGUUAGCUGCAAAAGUUAGCUUCUGAGAUGCUAAUGUUUCAGUUUUUAUAGCUGUUGAUACCCUUAUCCUAUGUAACUGUAUUAUUGUUCAUCGCAUGCUCCCUCUGCUGGCAUUUCUAAAGUGGGUUCUGCUUAAGAUUCUUAUCAUUUCCCUUUUCUUUA